GUGGACCUUUAUAACUCGGACCCGCUCAACUGCCGGGCAGGGCUGAAGGUGUGCUUCGUCAUCCAGCUGCUCAACGCCGUCGCGCGGGUGGAGCGGGCCCUCCCCAAGCUGACCUUGCCCUUCCUGCUGCUCCAGGGCUCUGCCGACGGCCUUUGUGACAGCAAAGGGGCCUACCUGCUCAUGGAGUCCGCCAAGAGCCAGGACAAGACACUCAAGAUUUACGAAGGUGCCUACCACGUUCUCCACAAAGAGCUUCCUGAAGUAACCAACUCCGUCUUCCAUGAAAUAAACCUGUGGGUCUCCCAAAGGACAGGGGCGGCGGGAACAGGGUCCCCCCCCUGAGCGCACCGGCUGCGUGGCCGGCCCACGGUCGGGGAAGUGGGCAGAGGACGGGCGGAAGCUGGCUUCUCACAUGUGGCUUGCCAGGGGGAGGGGGGAGGAAAUCACAAAUUGGAGGAAUCCCUAGCACAAUUUUGUCCUAUACCAGGCUGUCCGCUUCUGGGUCUACUCUGAGGGGUAGACACUUUGUGUAAAAACAGAGAAGGGCCACAGGUAGUUUCCCAGGGACAGAAUGUGCUCCAAUGUCCUUAAAACCAAGCGACGAAGCCUCUGCCCUGCCCUCCCGCACCCGCCCCCCCAAGGUUCCCAGGAAUUCCUGGUGUUCCUCGGACACCUGACUGCAAUAAUUGGAGGAGUCUCCCCUCCUGCCCUCCCCGCCAGCCCCCACCCCAGGACCCUCCCCAACUGGCCCCGCUCCAUGGCUUUUCUCUGGCCGUGGGACGAGGUGGCAGGUAUCAGCUCCCCCGGGGCAGACGCACGUGCCCUCCGAGGCCCAGAAAAUGCCCGGGACUUCCUUGGCGUGAGGAGCCUCCCGUGACCCAUGUCAGCUCCCGGUCAGCCUGGAGCUGGGCUUUGGGACAGGAGGAGGCUUGGCCCAGAAAGAGAACUGGGCAGGAACCCCCUCCUUGCUGCCAGGGAGCCUGAGGCUGCCCACCGAGUGCUUUACAUAUAUUCAGAGGCUGCCUUUCCUUGCGUGACUAACAGUACCUGACACUAUGAGAGGGUAACUGUGUUGAAGAUGAAGUGUCUAGUAUAUAAUGUAUCUUCUAAAGCAGAGACUAUUUAGGUGGGUGGGUGGGACCAAGGGGGGGCUUGAAGGCGUUGGAGCCUGAUGCCCCUGCACAGGACGGGGACAGGCUGGCCGCAGGGCCCGAGGUCGAGGCGCUGGGCUGCAGCCCCGGGGAGUGGGGCCCCGAGCCUAUCCCUGCCUGGGCCCGUAGCCGCCCUGGGAGCCUCGGGGCCGGCAGCACAGCUACCUCUGGUGGCAGAAGAAGAGAGUCCUGGCGCGGGGGCCCUGCCCAGGGCCGCAGGCCCCGGAGGCCACAGCCGCAUGGGCCCGCCUUUCCCAGCAGAGGGCCCCGCCGCGCCUGGCCUGCCUUUCUCAGGGGCCAACACCACCCUGCCCGCCCCGGGCCCUCACUUAGCGCCAGCAAUAAAUGGGGAUCACUGCCCACUGCCGGAGGACUUUCACUUUCAAAAGGGACUGUUGUUACCUCAAGAGGCUCCUUAGUGCACAUAUGACCCUGGGAGGGGGUGGAACCACGAGGGGGCCCCUGCUCGGCCGCGGGGUGCAGUCCAGGGGCCUCGAGGCCCUGGACGAGGCGGCCGCUCCCCUGCCAGGCCCUCUGACUUUGGAGGCUGGGAGUUGGGGCUCCCACCCGUGUUCCUUCAGCGGUGCGAACUGCUGCCUUUCACCCACGCCCUGUUCUUCUGGGGCUUGCUCCGGGUCCCCAGAGAGGGGGUCCCCCCUGCUCUCCUUCCAGGGGCCCUGACCACACCAUGGUGUAGCCAAGCGCUAGUCACCCUCCAGCGGGCAGACCCCGGCCCCCAGUGGAAAGUCCUGCCGGCCUGGGGGCUGAGAUUUGUGCUCCCCUGCCCCUCUGGUGGGGGCGGGCAGGGCCCAUGGCCACAGACAGAGACUUUCACUGCCCCAUCUCACUUCUCUGGCUUCUCUUUGGAUGAGAAAAAUGUAAAAAAUGCGCUGAGGGAGAAGGCCAGCCCCCGCCUAUUCCAACUGUGCCACUGUGUGAAUGUUUCUGCUCCUCAGCUGAGGAAAAGCAGAAAUGCCACCCACAAACCCACAAAGCCCCCAAACCUCGAGACGUCCCUGAACCCAGAAUUCUCCCUCAGAGCUGUGAUAGCGUGGGUCACACAAAGUCGCCGUGCUUCCCGCCCCCGCCGCCUCUCCCAGAGCAUGUGCCGGCUCAGUCAUUUCUCAAAUUAAAUAUCAGGCACAUGGUUUGACCGGGAAUCAUUUGGAUUCAUGGAUUUAUUUAUAUGAAAGCUCUGACAGAGACAAAUUCAGUCACCUUUACAUAUCUGGUUAAAGGUUAAAAAAUUGCCUAUACUAAAAAGAAAAAAGAAUUAUUUGGAAGCAGGACUGUCUCCUAAUAUAUGAGGGGACAGGGACAUGGCCACACCAGCCGCUGAAUGGGAGCAGGUGUGGGAGGCAGACACCAGCUGUGUGUGAAGUCCCACCUGGGGCCACACCAGGGCCAUGGGCCCGCCUGUCCUGGGGGAGCUGUGCGAGUCUCGAGUUCAUUCUUAGUGAGGACGGCUCCGUGCUGACACUGGGAGCUUCAGAGUCAGGCCUUCACCCCGACGAGGAGCUGAGUUUGGAAGGGAAGCGAGGUCAUACCUGGCCCGGCCUCGAGAAGGUGAGAGGAAGGACCCAGGAGACGCGCACCUAUCGGGACCCUAGGCCCCAGCACUGACGUGGGUGCAUCACCUUCCUCUGGAGUCAUGCUGGUCCAUACAGAAACCAUGGGGUUCAUGCCUGACAGUCUCUCUAGGAAAAGAUGUCCCCUGCAGCGGGAAUGGGGGGGUUUGCUCCUUUGCAGGGAUGGGGGUGGUCACGGGUCCCCUGUCCAGCUUCUGGGGGGCACCAGGGCACGCCUUGAGAGCACCGAAGGAUGCCAGGAAAACCUGCCUGCUCUGCUCUGCACCCGUGUCAAGGUCCCACGCUACCUUUUCUCUCUCUCACCAAUCACUAACAUACACCCGUUCGGGUCACCGUGAUCUUCUAAGCAGUUUGCCAGUUACUGUCUCUGCAGCUCAGUCGCAUCCCUCCGUGUGUAUGGUUACUGGGGACUCACGAUCAGUUCAGAACUAUCAAAGGAACCAUGUAUGCCACAGCUAAUCCUAAUAAACCGGGUGUUUUCUGCA